UCCCCAGGCUUGGGCGGUGCUUGGCCAACAAGUCAUAGCAGUUUUACAGGAGCUGCGAGCUUGAAGGAAAUAAAUUACUCCCAGACCGCACUGCCGAUCACAGAGGCACAACCUUUCCACAGAGCACUGGAAUUUGUUACGGAGCGUGAGGAAGAGCAACUGGAGAUCUGCUGUCUCUGGUCUUCUGUUGACGAUAUCUACAACUGCCCACUGAUAAGAGUACUUUCCCUCUUUUUGCGAUGGAAAGUACUAUGCACCCGAGUGAUAACUGCACAGUAGAGACAAAGCCUCUGUAUGUGUUCUACUCCGUUGUUGUGAUUGUGGAGUUUGUUUUGGCUCUCCCACUGAACCUCACUGUGAUCUACCUUUUCAUUUUCAAACUGAAAUUCUGGAAGACCAACACCAACAACAUAUUUCUCUUCAACCUCGUCUUGGCUGAUAUUUUGCUGCUCAUCUGUUUGCCUGUGAAGGCUUACAGCUUCCAGAUGGGCGAACGGAGGAGUCAGAAUGAGGUGGUUUGCAAAGCUAUGCUCUUCAUGCUGUUCCUGAACCGGGGCGCCAGCAUUGCCUUCCUCACAGUCAUCUCCAUAGAUCGCUACUUCAACGUGGUGCAUCCUCGGAAGAAGAAUUUCCUGAAGAUACUGAAAAAAUCACCACACAUCUCCAUCCUUAUCUGGCUCCUGCUGCUCCCUUUGACUAUUCCAACUAUGCUGAAGACCUUUGAGUGUUGCAACAGCUUAGGUCGUGAGGAUGAAAAUUUGACGACUGACAUUUUCAGGGAAAUUGUCUUUUUCACCCAGAUUCUCAUCCCUUUCAUUGUCCUGGUGUUUUGUACAGCACAGAUUGUUAACCGUCUAAAAAAGAAGACUGUUGGAGACAGGACCAAGUUGCGCCGAGCUGUUUUUCUGGUCACAUCUGUCAUGCUGGUCUUUUCUCUGUGCUUCUUACCGUGUACCAUAUCAAGAAUGGUUCUCUUACUGGUGCGUGUCAAGGAGUAUCCAGAGGCUGAGGCGAUUGCUGUUCAGGUUUACGAUGGGCUCAUGUGUUUGUCCUACUUGGACUGUCUGCUCGAUCCCUUAGUGUAUUGUUUAAGCAGCACAAAGUUCCAAACCCUUUAUCUAGAACACUACCUCCCAUUUCUCAUUGGAAAAGAUGGACAACCGAGUGACAGCAGUCACUCAACAGGAAACAAUUCCAAUACAGCCCCUUUAAAGCAUGCUCAGAGGGAGAACAUGGCCACACAAGGGACUUCAUCUGCAUCAUGAAAAGCAAUAGACUGCGCAGCAAGAUGAAAACAUUAUUUUGUAUAUGCCAUAUUGUGUAAAAACUGUACAAAUGUUAUACUUGUAUGUUGUGUGUGAUGUGUAAGGAACUCGUUUGGAGUCAUUUUUAGUCGCCCAAUCUCACCACUGCAUGUAUAGAAAUUCAUUUUCACUACCUUUAUUCAUAAGGAUUUAUUCUGGUCAUUGUAAGUGCCACACACACAUAUUAUAUACUGUUUUUUUCCCCAUAAUUUCAUGUAUUAUU